AUGUUCUACGGGACCCACUUCAUCAUGUCCCCACCCGCCAAGAGCAAGCUGAAGCGGCAGGGCCAGCUGCUGUCCAGCGUGCUGUCCCGGACGCUGAGCUACAAGCACCGUGACCUGGACGCCACCUGCUCCAGCCUGGGCACCAGCGACGACCCGGCUGAGCUCUCCACCCAGCUCUCGGCCCCUGGGGUCCUGAAGGUGUUCGGGGACAGCGUGUGCACGGGCACCCACUACAAGAGCGUCCUGGCCACCGGCACGUCCAGCGCCCGGGAGCUGGUGAAGGAGGCCCUGGAGCGCUACGCCCUGAGCCCCGAGCGCGCCGGCCAGUACGUGCUGUGCGACGUGGUGGGCCAGGCUGGCGACUCCGGGCGGCAGUGGCAGGCCGAGGGCUUCCGGGUGUUCGGCGACAACGAGAAGCCCCUCCUGAUCCAGGAGUUAUGGAAACCCCGAGAAGGCUUGUCCCGGAGGUUUGAGCUGAGAAAGAGGUCGGAGAUGGAGGAGCUGGCAGCCAGGGACGUAGACACCGUGACGGCAGGGAUAAACGCCCAGGCCCGGAGACUGCAGCGGAGCCGCGCCAAGGGGACCCCAGCCCCGGCCGCGGGGGGAGCCUGGAGCCCCCCUCCACCCCGGCUGCGCCGCACGGUCAGCGAGACCAGCCUGGGCUCGGCCGUCGCCCCGCCGUCUGCUGCCCGGGGCCCUGAGGAGCCCGGCCAGGACGCCAUGCGCUGCUCCCUCUACGAGUCGCCCCACCUGCUGCUCCUGCAGGGCUACAGCCAGCAGCACGACAGCCUGGUCUACGUGCUCAACCGGGAGCGGCACACGGUGGGCCAGAGGACCCCCUCCAGCAAGCCCAGCAUCAGCCUCUCGGCCCCCGACAUCCUGCCCCUGCACUGCACCAUCCGCAGGCGCCGGUCGUUGGGCCGAGCGCAGGCAGGGGCACAGCUGGUCCUGGAGCCCAUCCCCGGGGCGUCCGUCUCGGUCAACUUCUCGGAGGUGGGGGGCCGCGCCGUGGUGCUGCGCCAUGGGGACCUGCUCUCCCUGGGCCUGUACUACCUGCUGCUGCUGAAGGACCCAGCGCAGGCCCAGCCCCUGCCCGCCCAGGCCCUGGCCCGCCUCCGGGCCAUGCCGGAGAGCUGUAGGAUGUGCGGCGCCCCGCUCCGGGCCCGGGGCGCCUCGGUCUCCGCGAGGUCCGGCCCACCCCGGGCACGACCGCUGCACCUGGAGUUCGAGCCCGACGUGGAGGACGCGCUGCUGCAGCGGAUCAUGACGCUGGUCGAGCCGGGCGGCAACGACCACAAGCUGACCCCCGCCUUCCUCCUCUGCCUCUGCAUUCAGCACUCGGCCACCCGCCUCGAGCCGGGCUCCUUUGGGCAGCUCCUGCUCAAGAUGGCCAAGAUGAUCCGAGAGACGGUCUGGGAGAAAACCAAAGAACUCGCCGAGAAGCAGGCGCACCUUCAGGAGCCCCUCUCCACGGCCAGCUUCACCAUGGCGGGCCUGGUUCCGGACCUGCAGCACAUCCUCUUCUGGAUGUCCAACUCGGUUGAGCUUCUGUACUUUAUCCAGCAGAAGUGCCCACUCUACAUGCAGAGCCUGGAGGAGGACCUGGACGUCACAGGCUCGAAGGAGUCCCUGUUCUCCUGUGCCCUCACGGCCAGCGAGGAGGCCAUGGCGGUGCUGGAGGAGGUCAUCCUGUGCGCCUUCCAGCAGUGUGUCUACUAUGUCUCCAAGUCCCUGUACGUGUGCCUCCCGGCCCUGCUGGAGUGCCCCCCCUUCCCGCUGGAGUGCCGCGAGAGCCGGCGCUCGGCCCCUCAGCUGCCCGAGGAGCUGCGCCGCGUCGUGUCCAUCUACCAGGCCACCCUGGACCUCCUGCGGCCGCUGCGCCUGCACCCCGGGAUGGCCGCGCAGCUGCUGGCCUACCUUCUCUUCUUCUCGGGCACGCUGCUCUUCAACCAGCUGCUGGACAAGGGGCCCUCUCUGAGUUGCUUCCACUGGCCCGGAGGCGUCCAGGCCUGUGCCCGCCUGCAGCAGCUCCUGGAGUGGACACGGAGGGCCGGCUUUGGCGAGGCUGGAGAGUGCUCCUUCCGGAAGCUUUCCUGCUCGCUCAGCCUGCUGGCCACGCCCCGUGCCCAGCUCGUGCAGAUGAGCUGGGCGAACCUGCGGGCCGCGUUCCCUGCCCUGAGCCCCGCACAGCUGCACCGCCUGCUGACCCAGUACCAGCUGGCCUCGGCCAUGGGCCCCAUGAGCGCCUGGGAGCCGGGUGCCCAGGACAGCCCCGCAGCCUUCAAGUCAGAGGAGGUCCUGGAGUCCUAUGAAAACCCCCCACCCAUCGUUUUGCCGAGCGAGGGCUUCCAGGUGGAUCUGGAGGCCGACUGCUUGGAUGACAGCCUCCACCGGCACCUCGUCUACAUCCGCCACUUCCUGUGGAGCCUGCGGAGCAAGCCCAGCCCGGGCGGCAGGCCCGCGCGGCCAGGGGCUGCCUGGUGCUGAGUUCUGUCCCCCCUCCCCCAGGGCCCGCACCACACCAGCCCCGGGGUCCACCCUGAGGACCAGAGCCGCCCCCUGGCUUCCAGGGACGCCGGCAGGGGAGCCCGUGAGGCCGGCCCGGAGCGCCCUCCUCCUUCCGCGGGGGACCCCCAGGCACAGGGCCCUCUGGGAAGGCCGCCAGGCCGCGUGAGCCGCGGGGGGCCCCAGGCUGGGGACCCACACGGGGACCCCUCGUGCCUGCUCACGCCCCCCGGCACCCCGCUCAGCCUGGAGCCCGCUGUCCCCGACUGGCCAGAAGCCAGCAGUGCCUGCGCGGAGGUGCUUCUGGAAGGAAGGAGGAACGGGCCGAGCGGCCCGGCGUGCGCAGCCCCGCAAGGAGACUGUGCGGCCCCGGCGGCCGAGCCCCCUCCGGCCCCCUCCAGCCACAGCUCCAGCACGGACGACUUCUGCUACCUGUUCGUGGUGGAGCUAGAGCGAGGCCCCUCUGGGCUGGGCAUGGGCCUGAUCGACGGGAUGCACACGCCCCUGGGCGCCCCAGGGCUCUACAUCCAGACCCUGCUCCCGGGGAGCCCCGCAGCGUCCGACGGGCGGCUGUCGCUGGGAGACCGCAUCCUGGAGGUGAACGGCAGCAGCCUGGUGGGCGUCAGCUACCUGAGGGCCGUGGAUCUGAUCCGACACGGGGGAAAGAAGGUGCGGUUUCUGGUUGCCAAGUCAGACGUGGAAACGGCCAAGAAGAUCUGCUUCCGCACGCCCCCUCCCUAG